AUGGCAACCAUGCUCGGUGCCUCGUCGAGAGCUUCAACCGCUUCUACAUCGUCGUUCCAGCCGAUAUCCCGUCAGAACACCAUGUCGUCCUAUGACGGUUCGCGGUCCGCCCGCCAGUCGAAGCGGUACUCCAUGUCCGCUCUGUACAUGUCGAUGUCGGCCAACGACACCGAUCUGGUGAUUGAGGAUGAUUUGGCCAGAGCGCAAAAACAACUACGCGAUCUCAAGGCCAAGAUCUCUUCGCAAUCGAAAAAGAACUUUGUCCUCGAAAAGGAUGUGCGCUACCUCGACUCGCGCAUUGCUCUGCUGAUUCAGAACCGCAUGGCUCUGGAGGAGCAAAAUGAAAUGGCCAGCCAUCUCGAAGACGCCGGCGAAGUGCAGGAGGGAUCCUUCCCUAGCGACGAGAAGACGCAGAAAUACGGAAACUUGAUGUUCCUGCUCCAGUCUGAGCCUCGCCACAUUGCUCACCUCUGCCGCCUAGUCUCGAUGGCUGAGAUCGACUCGCUUCUCCAGACCGUCAUGUUUACCAUCUACGGCAACCAAUACGAGAGCCGUGAAGAGCAUCUGCUUCUCACCAUGUUCCAGUCCGUUCUUACCUACCAGUUCGAUACCACUCCCGAGUACACGUCCCUUCUCCGUGCGAAUACCCCUGUUUCCCGUAUGAUGACGACCUAUACCCGCCGCGGCCCCGGCCAGACCUUCUUGAAGCACGUUCUGGCGGACCGGAUCAACAGCCUGAUUGAACUCGAGGACCUCGACCUGGAGAUCAACCCGCUCAAGGUGUACGAGCGCAUGCUGGAGCAGAUCGAGCAAGAUACUGGCAGCAUACCCGCCUCGAUGCCCCGCGGCAUCACCCAGGAGCAGGCUGCCGAGAACCCCCAGGUCCAGGCGAUCAUCGAGCCGCGUCUGACAAUGCUCAUGGAACUCGCCAACGGCUUCUUGACUACGAUCAUCGAUGGCCUCGAGGAGACGCCCUAUGGCAUCCGCUGGAUCUGCAAGCAGAUUCGCAGUCUCGCCAAGCGCAAGUAUCCCGAUGCCAACGACCAGGUUAUCUGCACGCUCAUCGGCGGCUUCUUCUUCCUCCGCUUCAUCAACCCGGCCAUCGUCACCCCGAAGUCCUACAUGCUCAUCGACGGCACUCCGGCCGAAAAGCCGCGCAGAACUCUUACCCUGAUUGCCAAGAUGCUGCAGAACCUGGCCAACAAGCCGUCGUACGCGAAGGAGCCCUACAUGGCCAAGCUGCAGCCCUUCAUCUACCAAAACCGCGACCGCGUCAACAAGUUCAUGCUCGAUCUGUGCGAAGUGCAGGAUUUCUAUGAGAGCCUCGAGAUGGACAACUACGUGGCCCUGUCCAAGAAGGACCUUGAGCUGUCCAUCACGAUCAACGAAAUCUACUCGAUGCACCAGCUGAUCGAGAAACACUCGGCCGAGCUGUGCAAGGACGAGAAUUCGCACCUUUCGAUCAUCAUGGCCGAGCUGGGCCCCGCGCCGGCGCUCGUUCCACGCAAGGAGAACCGCGUCAUUACCCUGCCGCUUUUCAGCAAGUGGGAGACGGCCAUCGACGACCUGACCGCCGCGCUGGACAUCACUCAGGAGGAAGUGUACUUUAUGGAAGCCAAGUCCACCUUCGUGCAGAUCCUGCGCGCGAUCCCGGCCAACUCGGCCGUGGCUAAGCGGCCGUUGCGUCUUGAGCGCGUCGCCGACGCGGCCGCGACCUCCAAGAACGAUGCGGUCAUGGUGCGCAAGGGCAUCCGCGCCAUGGAGCUGCUCAGCCAACUGCAGGAGAUGGGUGUCAUCAACAAGAACGACGGAUUUGCCCUGCUGCGCGAUGAGGUCGAGCAGGAGCUUCUGCACCUCGGCUCGCUCAAGGAGAGCGUGCUGGCCGAGAUCAAGAAGCUCGAAGAGGUCUACAAGACAAUCCGCGACCACAACGCCUACCUCGUCAGCCAGCUCGAGACGUACAAGAGCUACCUGCACAACGUGCGCUCGCAGAGCGAGGGCAACCGCCGCAAGCAGCAGAAGCAUCAGGUCUUGGGACCGUACAAAUUCACGCACCAGCAGCUCGAACGCGAGGGCGUCAUUGCCAAGAGCAAUGUGCCGGAUAACCGGAGAGCAAACAUCUACUUCAAUUUUACCAGUCCGUUGCCGGGGACUUUCGUGAUCUCGUUGCAUUAUAGGGGACGCAACCGUGGCCUCCUUGAGCUAGACCUUAAGCUUGAUGACCUUCUCGAGAUGCAACGCGACGGCCAGGAAACUCUCGAUCUUGAAUAUGUCCAGUUCAAUGUUUCCAAGGUGCUGGCGCUGCUUAAUAAGAGGUUUGCGCGGAAAAAAGGGUGGUAG